UUGCGCAUGCGCGCGGCACAUAACAGGUUGGACAGGACAUAUUUGAUACCUUGUCUUGCAAUGAUGCUAAAAAUGGAGCCGCUUUGCUUCACAUCUCCCUUUGAGUUUUUCCUGCAAAGGUGACGAGUUUGGCAUUACGUGGUGCUCGCUCCUGCUGGGUGGGGGAGUGUGACCCGGACGUGGCCGGAAACGACUUCCGUGUCGCAGGCCCGCUGAGCUGGCCGUGGCCGACCUGAUAGUAUCGGAACCCUCGCAGCUGGCGAUGACGGCGGCCGGACGGCUGGCGUUGCUCGGUUUACUUCUGGCGUCCGUCGGCCUCCCGUCGGACGCUUGGGACCAGGCCGACCUGGAGCUUCUGGACCUGGUCGAGGAGAUCCCAGACACCUUCUAUAACUUUAUGGCGCUCCAGCAGGAUGCAUCGGCUUCGGAAAUCAAGAAAGCCUAUCGCCGCCUGUCUCUGGUUCUGCAUCCCGACAAGAACAAAGACGAAAAUGCCGAGACGCAAUUCCGACAGCUGGUGGCCAUCUACGAAGUCCUAAAGGACGACGAGCGACGACGCAGGUACGACGACAUCUUAGCCAACGGGCUCCCUGACUGGCGGCAGCCCGUCUUCUACUACCGUCGCGUGAGGAAGAUGAGCAACGGCGAGUUGGCCUUCCUGCUCUUUGUCAUCGUCACCGUGGGACACUACGCCGUCAUCUGGUCCGUCUACCUGGAGAAACAGCUGGAUGAGAUGCUGGCCAAAAAGAAGAGAGAGAAGAAGAAGAAGGUCAACGCUAAAGAAGAAAUCAAGAGCAACCCUGACAGGGCUCAGGAGCGCCCCCACUGGCAGGACCUUCUUCCUUUAAAAGUCAGCGUGUGGAUAUACCUGUCAAUCAAACACAUGCCACAAACCCUGCAGGAGUUGCAACGUCAAUACUCGGCUUACCAGCAGAUGAAGAAGCAGCAGAGGGAGGAAGAAGAGGAAGAGGAAAAAGCUCAACAGGAAGUGGCAACCAGAGAGAAGAAACCAAAGGUGAAGAAACCAAAGAUGGACUUCCCCAUCUACCAGCCUUCGGCGGAGCAGCCUGACUGGCAGGCUUGCCAGCAGGCCGGCUCCAUCCAGGAAGUGGAAGAUCAACUGGACCAAUGGCUGCAGGACUCCAAGCCUGCCAAGAAGAAGACGGCGGCGGAGUGGAGCGAAGACGACGUCAGCCUCCUCAGCAGACUGAUGGCUAAAUUCCCGGGAGGGACGCCCGGACGUUGGGAGAAAAUCGCUCACGAGCUGGGCAGGACCGUGACCGACGUGACCACAAAAGUCAAGCAGGCCAAAGAGCUCUCCAACCAAAACACAGGUCUAGUGAAGCUGUCAGACUUGAAAGGUCCGUCCCUUCCAGUUAGUGACGGCGACCAAGAAGUCAAACGCAAGAACAGAAAGUGUGCUGCCGACGGCGGCGAGGGAGGAACCCUUAGGUGUCGGCGACAAAAAGACUUCAACCCUGACGAGGUGGACGACGACGAGCCGCCUGCACAGGAACAGGAAAAGGACAAGCCGGAUGCGGCGCUAUGGACUCAGAACCAGCAGAAACUUCUGGAACUGGCACUACAACAGUUCCCCAGAGGAAGCCCGGAACGCUGGGAUCGCAUCGCUAAAGUGGUUCCCGGAAAAACGAAGGAGGACUGCAUGAUACGUUACAAGAUGUUGGCCGAGCUCGUUCAAAAAAGGAAACAAGCCAAGAGCUGAUGAAGCCCAAGUCUGACGCUCGCUGACCUCUGACCCGUGUUUUGAGUAGUGUUGCACCGAUUCUUGUAUCGGUACUGAUACGGGACUAAAAUGACGUCGUCGGUAUCAGGAGGUAUUUAACGCGCCGAUGCUGUGCAGUAUGUACGCUUCAAGAUCCAAGUUUCCCAUCGCCAGUCGCCCUACCCAAGAUGGCCGCCAGCAACACAAGCCACUGUAAACAAGAAGCACUUGUCACACUUCCCAAGACGGUUAUUGAUGUCUUAUCAUUAUUGGAAUCAUUUGUUACAAAUCAGUUGAGAAAUAUGCCAGUUGUGACAUCAUUUUUAUGUCAACGCAGUGACUUUAAUGGCAACGCCACUCCUACUAACAUGGCCGCCCUGAGGCCAUUUUGGUAGGGGCGAAGGAAGGUAUUUUUGCUUCUGCAGUGAAUUGAAAUUAGUUUAUCACUAGGAAACGUCCAAUCCAUUUGAAGUGGGAGGGUGGCAGCGAAUGUUCACUCGCUGCCAACCCUCCCACUUCAAAUGGAUUGGACGUUUCGCGCCGUCGAUAGCAGCUAAUGAGUUAAGCAGUGUCUGACUAUGACUUGACAUUCACGUGCGUAUGCUGUAAUUUUGUAUUUAAAGAAAAAAAAUCGGCCGAUACCACACAGCGAUAUCGGGAGCCAAAAAAUGGUAUCGGUGCAACACUACUUUUGAGGUGACCACCGGAUGGACUUGACCUCUGAUCUCAUUGCUACAUGUGCCUUAGACCCUCCCUACCCCCAGCAUGCUGCCUGUCAAUCAUUUUUUGGACUGAUCAAUAAAAAUAUUUAUUAUCCAA